AUGUUCUUGCUAAGUUGUGUCAAAUCAAGAAUAAUGACGAAAUUAUCAAUACUACUGUCUUGCAUUUCUGUUCUGGGCUCAAUUUACUUGUGUUACAUUUUAUUUUUUAUUCUCAGAGAUAUUUGUCUUGUUUGUUUGUCUAUAUACGCUGUAAACAUUAUUAUUUGUUACAUAUCAUUUAAACGUUAUACAAAUGAACAUUUUAUAAAGAAAUCAUUAUGA